CCCCCGCGCCCCCGCCAGUGCGUGGAUGGUUCCGGGCCGGCCCGGACCGCGCCGCCAUGCCGCGGUACUGUGCCGCGUCCUGCUGCAAGAACCGGGGCGGCCAGACCGCCAGGGACCAGCGCAAACUGAGCUUCUACCCGCUAUUUAGCUGUCAGUGGCACCGGUUACCCCAUUUUUCUGAGGCGUGGCCGCCUUUGUGGAAGGGCCGUCCCAGCAGGGCAGGCUGAGUGGAGGCUUUGGCUCCACGGUGAAGGAGCUGAAUGUCCUGGAUCUGUCAGCCUGCGAGCUAAGUGGAGGGCCUAACAGAGUAGAAAGAUUUCCACUUCAUGAUAAAGAGAGACUUGAGAAAUGGCUGCGAAAUAUGAAACGAGAUGCAUGGACUCCAAGUAAGCACCAGCUUCUGUGCAGUGAUCAUUUUACCCCCGAUUCCCUUGAUGUGCGAUGGGGUAUACGAUACUUGAAACAUACUGCUGUACCAACAAUUUUCUCUUCCCCAGGUGAUGAGGAAAAAGGUUCUUCUCAGAACAACCCACAAGAGACAAAGAGGAAAGACCCAGAAGAAACAAAUACAAAUGUACUGUCAGAGAAAGCAUCUGUGUCACUUGAACCUUGUACACCAAAGAAAAAUCCUGCAAUUACAGAAAAUGUAGAAGAAAAAGCAGAAGUAGUUUGCUCACCUACAUUGAGUGAAACUUUAAAAACUCAAGAACUACUACUUCAAAAUGGAGAAGGCUUUCAGGCAGAUAUUGUCAACCUUGAUAAUUCCUCUAAGCAACAUAUACAUCCACCCAAUCCUGUUUUAAUGGCAGCAGCAGUCCAGAGCAUGGAAGCUACCAGUGUUCAUACUUCUAUAGAAGAUCCAGUAGGCUGUACAGCUGCAGUCUUGCAUUUUACAGACCCUGACUACUUGAAUUCAUCUCUGAAACUGAAAAAUGCUUUAGGUUCAGUUACUGACUAUGCAACUGAAGAUCCCAACUCUCAUGUUGUAGGUUGCUCUGUUGAAGUACAGCCAACAAGUGAAAAUGCAGUUUUACUGAGUACAGUCACACAAGCUAUUGAACAGUUCAGUGGAAGUGAAGAAUCUGUCAUUGCUAUCAUUGUGCCAGCUGAGAGUCCAGAAGAGCCUGAAAUAGUAAAUAGUUCUUUCCUGCCUGUUACGCAAGAGUUUCUUGACACAGAGGAGACAGAAACAGAUAAAUCUAUGUAUAUGAAUGCAUAUGGUGGAAGCGAUGUAUUACAAACUGAGCAUUCAUACUGCAAACAAGACAUAGACAGAGAUCAUCUUUGGCAGAAAAUUUCAAAGCUCCACUCUAAGAUAACUCUACUUGAAAUGCAGGAGAGAAAAACUUUGGGGAGACUUAGGUCCUUGGAAGCUCUUAUUGGACAACUGAAGCAAGAAAACCUGCUCUCUGAAGAAAAGCUCAAGAUUGUAGAGAACUGCUUUACCACACUUGAAGUGACUAUGAUACCGUAAAGGCCUUCGAUGGUUGUUCUAAAAUACCUUUUUAGCUUCUUUUUUCUUUUGGACAGAUUAACUUUUGUCUCAGUCAUGCCAUUUUAAAUGUCUAAUGCAAAUUUUGGGAAGAGCAAAUAUUCUUAAAAAUGUUACAUCAACCACUAGCAGUGGUAGAAUAUUGCCUGUAAAAUGUGGCUUGCAAAUAAGCUUUUAGAGAAAAUGAAACCUGUAAGUGUUUUGUUAGAAAGUACAUGAAUUGAAUCAAUAAAGAUAAGUUAAAACUUUUUAAGCUGCUGGCGCCUCUGAAACAUGCAACAGCUGUAUCUGGGGUAGAAGUAGAAUGGUCAGAAUAACCAUGUAGGAUGGACAAUUAUAAAACUGGGUUUUUUUUGUUUUUUUAAAAAGGCAUCCCAGUUCUCUUUCAGAAGAGUAAUGAGGUGUGUAAUAAACAUUGUCCAGUAAGGCCACAAUUACUCUGUAAUUUUUUCAUGUGACAUUUGUUCUCAUAGUUCUUUUGUACACUUUGACCUUAUUAAAAUUGUUUCUGCAAUAAAA